UGGAACUUGAACACAAAUGAUUUCUGUUCUAGAACGCAGUAGAAGCCGGUAGAAGCUGUAGAAAUUUCUGGAAUAGUAAAAAGGAAAGUUAUAUAUUGCAAGUAGUUUGAUAACGCAGGAACAGUUACGUUUGGUUGUUUGUGAGUUUCGGUUGUUGCUGAAGCAAGUCAGUAUAUUUGUUCUACCUUUUAAUCUACAGUUUUCGCAUAAACGGACGAAAGAUGUCUCUGGUUCCAUUGCUCAUUAAUGACUUGCUUGAUGACAUACGAAGGCCUGUAAGCUUAUUUGACCAGAAUUUUGGUGUGGGAAUGCUAAGAGACGAUCUGCUGAGCCCUUCCUUUGUGGGCCCUCUUCGUGUGGGCUACUACAGACCAUGGCGCAGCCAGGCUGCCCGCCACAGUGGCGUGUCACACAUUCAGGAUGAUAAAAAUGAUUUUAAGGUGAACCUGGAUGUGCAGCAGUUCAAGCCUGAGGAACUUACAGUUAAGACUGUGAAUGACUACGUGGUUAUAGAAGGCAAGCAUGAAGAGAGACAGGAUGAGCAUGGAUUCAUUUCUCGACAGUUCCAGCGUCGCUAUAAGCUUCCUGCAGAUAUUGAUCCAGACACUGUAGUAUCUCAGCUUUCAUCAGAUGGGGUCCUUACUAUUUCUGCACCAAAGAAGGCCCUGCCUCAGGCUGGUAAUGAGAAGGUUAUUCCAAUCACACAGACCCAGGCCCCAGCAAUUAAGCCAGGCACUACCCCCAAGGCAGAUGAACCUCAGAAGAUGGAAUCCUAAGCACUGACGGUUCAGUGCUAAUAUCUGUUUACCCUUUGCAGCCAUAUAAAAGCUCUGUACCAAGUAGUGUGUAUCAUUUUGUUCUGCAAAGGGUUAUUCGUACUAUUAUGUAUUAACUUUGACUUGUAUAAGGAGUCUAAUAUCUGUUUACCUUUUGCAGCCAUAUUAAAGCUCUGUACCAAAUAAUGUGUAUCAUUUUGUUCUGCAAAGGGUUAUUUCUGUUACAAUAAGCUGUAUGUAUUAACUUUGACUUGUAUAAGGCUGAAAUGAUGUAGCAUGAUGUUGCUAUAUAAUAAUAGUUUUAACUGCAUUUAUGUGUUUGUCACUUUACUGACUGAAGGCUGCAUCUAACUAAACAUGAAACAUAUAAGGGUGAAAUGAUGUAGCAUGAAACUUGUUCAAUAAAAAUAUUUCUAAGUGCA